UGCCAGAGUUUGGUAUAUAACCUUGUUGAAAAGAUAUUGAUCUCUUUGAUCAAUUUUACAAAAUGCAGUAAGGUUAUUUUAUCAGAUAAUGGCAUGUUAAUAAUGUAGCUUGUUGUGGCAUCCAACGAAGACGAUUUCACAAUGAAAUGGAAUUACUGCAGUAUGGUUUGAUUCUGUGUACAGCAAUUGAAUUGUUGCUGAUAACACUUCAAUUUCUAGCCAAAUCUGAGUUCUACAGUGAAGGUGGCAUGACUCACGGUGUCUCAAGAAGUUCAGUUUGUAAGAGUAUUUGGCAGGUGCUAAAAGCUUUAGACCGCCGCUUGAAUACUGUGGUAUUCCCUACAUCAGAGAGAGAACUGGUCCAAGUGAAACAAAAAUUUUUCGGUAUAGCCGGAAUUCCAAAUGUGAUUGGAGCAGUGGAUUGCACACACAUCGCCAUGUUAGCCCCAAGGGAGAGAGAAGACAUAUAUGUGUGUCGGAAAGGAUACCAUUCCAUUAAUAUUCACUAACAUUGUGGCAAAGUGGCCGGGAUCCACACAUGACAGUGUAAUCUUUGACAACUGUAGCUUGAAGGACUGGCUGGUGGAUGGAAGCAAAGGAUGGCUACUAGGAGACUCCGGCUAUGGACUGAAACCAUAUCUUCUUACUCCAAAGCUGAAUCCAAUGAGCAGAGCUGAGAUCGCGUUCAACUUGGCCCACAGUCGUUCGAGGAUGGUAGUAGAGAGGGCGUUUGGACUGUUGAAGUCACGUUUUAGGUGUCUUCACAAAACUGGAGGCUAUCUACAAUUUUCGCCUCAGAAGAUAGCUCUGGUUGUGACUGUAUGUGCCAAGCUGCACAAUCUGUGUCUGAGUGAUGGUUUCCUUGACAUUGAUGACAUUGACGUAGAAGAUGAUGAUGACAAUGUACAACUGCCACUGGAAAACCCUGACCUGAAUGCGUUGCGUGCACGGGCCUUACUGAUUGAGAGAUUUCACUAAAAAAGGAUUCUAUAUUAAUUUAAUAUAGAAUACCUUUUUCAGGGAAAUCGCUCAAUCAGUAAUGAAUUGAUUCUCAAUAGCAUACUGAACUGUUUAAUGUAUUGUUUUGUUCAUUUCACUACUAGAGUAUUGUUUUAUUACUAUGUGAUACUAGGUGAUAUUUAGUGUUAAAAUAUAAGAAGUAGUUCUAACAAUGACACAAUAUUUUUUGAUAAAUUGCAGAGAAUUGUAAUAACCUUAUUAAUUUCACACCAUAUUUAGUACAUUUCAUUUAUAGCAAUUUGCUGCUAAAAUUGUCAUUUGAUUUAUAAUAUGAAUGUUAAUAAAUGUUUAAAGCCACACACC